GACGGACGGGGAGAGGAGGGGGAGUGGAGCCUGACGCAGUGUGAGAGGCAGAAACUGAGAGGAGAGAGACAGAGCGCGAGGGAGACGAGGCGAGGAGGCAGCGCAUCAUAUCAGGCACCGUUUUGCAUCCCAAAAUCCUGACGCGGGUGACUCGCCACACAAGCUGCUGCUGCUGCGGCCACUGAGUCACUUCACUGCUCUCCACAGAGACCGCAGAGGAGACAGAAGCGGGCUGGGAUCAAAUCAGUGACAGACAAAAAAAAACUCCACCACCACAUAUCGGCACAACCUCACACAGACCGCAGCGUUUUGCUGAGGAGACCAGCGGCGUCUUCUUCCACGUUGGAGUCUGGAGCAGUGAAGUCAGAAGAGACUGGGAGCUCAGCUGGUUCAGAGAGAGGUCCUACAUUGGCAGAGGGACACAAGACAGUUCAGGAGGAGCUUUGUGUUGUUCUCAAACAGAGGUGAAGGCAUCCGCAACUCUUUGCCCCGCUAUUCAUCUGUAAUCAAUAAGGGACAAGUUCUCACACCCAAGUACCGAGCAGUGAGCAAUGAGGAAGAAACAGAAAAGGUGCCUGUCCAAUGAGAGUUGCAGAUGGCCACAGAAGACAUGAGUACCAGCCAAUCUGGCACCAGGCUGACUUCCACUUGCCAGUUUAUACAUAACAAAUCAAAUGUGACCCCCUGAUUAAGCAAUUUAUCGAGUUCACCAAGGCACACAUACUGUCAAUGAAGUGAUACAUCCCAUUACUCUAUUCAUUUCUACUUUAACAAAAGAUCUCCAACCAUUUGGACUUGCAGUACAAGUUUACCUUACUGUGACCAGACCUGACAUGAACCUGAAGAAACGUGAAGUCAUCCUUCACUGAGCUAAUUCUAUUUAACAAAAAACUCCAUUUGCUUUCAAAUGGCUCCAGCCUCAAUGAAUACAUGUUAGAUGGCAAAAAUCUCCGGACGUCUUUCUGCAAUGAAUCUUGCAACAAAAUCCCAAAUGGCUCAGAGGACAGGACGGCAGAGAUGUAACGUGACUGGAGGUUGUUCUUCGGUGGUCCUGUCUGGAGCCAGCUCCUUCCUCUGUUGGCUCACACUGCUGUCAAUAAUGCGGUUGCCAAUGGUUACAGCUGAUUGUUGGCUUAUUGAAGGGGAGAAGGGCUUUGUGUGGCUGGCUAUCUGCAGUAUGAACCAGCCACCUUAUGAAUCCAUCCCUGCCCACAUCAACAGCACCAUUGUGGAUCUGAGGCUGAAUGAGAACAAGAUACGGUCGGUCCAUUACUCUUCGCUCAGUCGCUUCGGCAACCUCACCUAUCUGAACCUCACCAAGAACGAUAUUAGCUAUGUGGAAGACGGAGCUUUCUCAGCACAGUUCAACCUGCAGGUUCUCCAGAUGGGCUAUAACAAACUGAGAAACCUGACAGAGGGAAUGCUGCGAGGCCUGGGCAAGCUGCAGUAUCUCUACCUGCAAGCCAACUUCAUCGAGACUGUUACACCCAACACCUUCUGGGAAUGUCCCAACAUAGAGAAUAUAGAUCUUUCCAUGAACAGGAUUCAGGUGCUGGACGGCAGUUUGUUCUCUGGACUCUCCAAACUCACGACCUGUGAACUCUACACCAACCCCUUCAACUGUUCUUGUGAGCUCCUGGGUUUCUUGCACUGGCUCGCUGCCUUCCCCAACAGGACCAGUGAGAGGAUGGUGUGUGACUCCCCUGUUGGAUUCUCUGGCUUCAACCUCCUGAGCCAAAACCCCCGCAUGUCGACCCAGCGCACCGCUCUACACGUGCUCAGCAUUGUAUGCACGGAUAUGGGAAGUAGCGUGACCCCCUUUUUUUCCAUCAACGCCAUUGACUCCACCACACUGUCCCCAGAUUCUGCUUCUCCCUGUGGAUUGGACGAUUGCUCCUCCGGCACACCUCCCGAUGAGGUCAUCAGUAUUAGCUACCCCAUUUUUUCAGACACCAGUCCACUCAUGACGCUGAAGCAGGUGCUACAUUCAAGUGCUGUGAUAACAGUCCAGAUACCCAAUCCAUACAGGAAAAUGUACACCCUGGUGCUUUACAAUAACAGCUUCUUCACCGAUAUCCAGAUUUUAAAAAGUCAUAGAGAAGAUAUCGAGCUCAAAAACCUAAAACCUAACACUGACUAUACAUACUGUGUGGCUUCUAUACGAAACUCCCUGCGCUUCAACCACACCUGUCUCACCAUCUCUACUGGCCGCAGGUUGGGGGCUGAGAGGAUAGCCAAUCAGUCAUCAGCCACCCACUAUAUUAUGACUAUUUUGGGCUGCUUGUUUGGAAUGCUGCUUUUUCUUGGCCUCCUCGUGCACUGCCUGAGAAAGAAAAGAAUCAUGGAGGAGAAGGAGCGAAAGAUGAGCAGGAUCCAGAGGACUUUGAUAGAGCUAAAGUACGGUGGAGAAGGGGAUAUAGAGGGAGGUAGUGGAGGAUCUGUUUCUCAGAAGAUUGCUGCUGGGGACAGCCUGCCCAGAAUGCCCUACCUGCCUCAGGGUGGUGAGAUUGAUCCAUACAAGCUGCAGGAGGUGAUAGAAACACCAGCCCACAAGCCUGCAAAACUUAACUACAUGGAGGUCAGAGGCUCUGGCAUAGAGAGGGAGCGAGAGCGCGAGAGAGAGAGAGAAAGGGAGAUGUCGCCACAAGCAAAUCCCCAGGGCUCUGUAGCAGAGAUUUCUACCAUAGCUAAAGAAGUUGAUAAAGUAAACCAGAUCAUCAACAACUGUAUAGAUGCUCUCAAAUCUGAGUCAACCUCCUUUCAACAGGGGAUCAAAUCCCCCUCUUCUGCAGGUGGAGGAGCUGUUUCAACUGCCGAGCCGCAGCUGGUGCUUCUCUCCGAGCAAGGAGAGCGGGGAGAAAGAGGAGGUGAGUUCCUCUCCCCGGUGUACAAAGGGGGAAGAGGAGGGAGAGAAGAGAGGGGGAGAAGCUCUCAUCAUUCUUUACAGAGGCACCACAGCAUGGAGGCACCACCAACUUCCAAAAGGCCCAGCACCUCCUCUUCUCCUGGCUCUGCCCGCAGCCCUCGCUCCUUCCGCUCAGAGGGAGGUUACCACUCAUCAGAGACCCGUUAUAUUGAGAGGACGUCCCCCGGAGAGAGAGGAGAGAGAGGAGAAAGGGGAGGUGGGGGAGGAGAAGCCAUCCGUACAGUUAACCCUGCAGCAGCUAUCUUACGAGCAGAAGCACAGAGAAUCCGCCAGUAUAAUGAACACCGCCACUCCUAUCCAGGCUCUCAGCAGCACCUUCAGGAGCUGCAGCACCACCCUCAGAUUUUGCAGGAGCUCCACCACCACCCAGGAGGUCGUAAGCCCUCUAUGUUAGACCCACUCACCCUGAGCAGGCAAGCCAAGCAGCGGGAGCUGGCUUACUCCCAGCUCUCGCCUCACUACCCACUCUCACCCCAGUACCACAACCUCAGCUACUGCUCAAGCCCUGAGGAAGAUGAGGAGGAGGAGGGGCUACUGUGCACCCCGACCUUGGGCUUGUGGGAGAAAUUCAAAUUGCACCGCAAAAGGCACCGGCAGGCGUCCAUGGAGGACGAAGGGUACGUGGCAGCGGGACACGCGCUGAGGCGAAAGGUUCAGUUUGCCAAGGAUGAGGAUCUCCAUGACAUACUGGACUACUGGAAAGGUGUGUCGGCCCAGCAGAAAGCCUGAUCUCACCCGUGGAGACCCCAAACACUUUGAAGAAGGAGAAAUAUCAGUGCACCCGUUACACACUAAU